AUGCCUCCAAUCAAAAGAAAGGCCGCCACCGCCCUUGAUCCGUCCGAGCGUAAGAGAGCCCAGAAUCGCAUUUCGCAACAGUGUCUGCGCGAGAAAAACAUCACCUACAUCCGUAACCUGGAGGAGACGAUUGAGCUGCUGCAAAGGGUAGCCACCGGCUUAGAUCCUCAAGAUCGUUACUCUGUUCUUCUCGAUGCGCAUCUUAAGUUGAUAGCUGAGAACCGGAAGCUGGAAGAUGCCUUGCUGAGGCUGCGUAAGAAAUUGCUCAGUUUCGGUCAAGCUGCCAACGCCGCUGCGGAUGAUGAGGUUUUCGACUCUAUAUUCCGAAGGCGAGACGCUGAAAACCCGGAAGCACAGCAACCUGCACCAAGCACGGAAUUAGCCAAUCACGAAACACCAUCUGCUCCUAAUCCUUCGAUCAACGAUCAGACUUUUCAGGACAUCCAGGAGCAAACCGACCCCCAGACGGAUAUAUUCAAGGACGCGUCGUUUCUUUUAGAUCUAUCCAUGGCAGGCCAAGAACACGAUGCAUUAACCUCAAGCACAAUGCAGCCUGGGGACACCUUUAUAGAUCCUGGCAUGUCGUCUCUAUCACCAAGAUCGCUUUUGUUUGUCCCGAAUCAGCUAAGCAUCACGUCGAUGUCCAUUUUCGGGUCUAGACUUCUCGGCGCGUGUCGCCGUCAUCUUGAUAACCUGCAAGACUCCGGUAACAAUGCCGAGAUGGUCGACAAGAUAGUCAAGACUGCUGUGCGCUUCUCUAUGCGCUGCGUAGGACUAGAGUCUUAUGCCUAUGGAGUGAAUGGGGCCAAAUACAUCGAGAGAGUCAUUAGAUGGCGUCUCGGAAUCGACUCAAAGAAUUCUGUUCCGCUCCCAUUCCGGCCAACACCACUCCAAUCCAAAAACCCCACGCAUUUCUGGGGAAUCGACUUGUUUAACUGGCCUGAAAUCAGAGAUCAGCUCGUCCUCGACGCGGAAUCCACCGACUUUGACGAGCUUCUCAGAGACCUUGUCCUACACUCAGUCAUAGAACCUGCUAACCACAGCGUCGCAGUCAAUGUUCUCGACAUCUUCGAAAACCAAGUCCUGCGCCGCCGUCAACACCAAAAAGCCACUCCGAGGAGUUAUUUCACCGAUCCAUCAUGGACGCUAUUCCAGAUCGGCCCUGAGGUCGGUGAAUGGUACUCUUCUGAGCACGAUGUAGUUGAAGAAGCCAUCUUUCAAGAACUAGAUCGUCAAAUAAACGCCGUGGCGCCGAGUCCAGAUGGCAAUCCUGUGGAGGAGAGUCAGGCGAACGACAUAGCCAAGUUUCUGGGGCUCGAUGACUUUUGUGAGUGGAAAUUGAGUAAAGAGUUUGCGCGAAAAUAUUCAAAGUUGGAUUGCUCGACAGGUGAGUGA